AUGGCGGUGCCGGUCGCUCCUGCGCACGAGGCUAACCACACGAGCGCAAGCAAGGUCGACGGCGUUGCCUCCCCGCAGGAGGCCAACCACAACACUAGCCAGGCGGCGGGGGACGAGCUGGAGCGGCUGCUGCGGACGGUGGCGGACGAGCACAAGACGGUGAUCAUGACGUCGGUGAACGAGGCGUGGGCGGCGGAGGGCUCGCUGCUGGACCUCUUGCUCGAGAGCUUCCGCGCCGGGGAGCGGAUCGCGCACUUCGAGGACCACCUCCUCGUCGUGGCCCUAGACGCCGGGGCGCUGGAGCGGUGCCGGGCCGUGCACCCGCACUGCUACCUCCUGCCGCCCCUGGCCGGCGGCAAGGACCUCUCGGCGGAGAAGGUGUUCAUGAGCAAGGACUACCUCGACCUGGUGUGGAGCAAGGUCCGGCUGCAGCAGAGGAUCCUCGAGCUCGGCUACAACUUCCUCUUCACGGAUGUGGACAUUAUGUGGUUCCGCAACCCAUUCGAGCGGAUGUCGGUGGCGGCGCACAUGGUGACCUCAUCGGACUUCUACUUCGGUGACCCAUACAGCCCCGUGAACGCCCCGAACACGGGGUUCCUGUACGUGAGGUCGAGUGCGCGCAUGGUGGGCGUCUUUGAGGCAUGGCAAGCUGCGAGGCUGUCCUUCCCGGGGAAGCACGAGCAGCAGGUGUUCAAUGAGAUCAAGUUCGAGUUGGUCGACAAGCGCGGGCUUCGGGUGCAGUUCCUCGACACGGUGCACAACGCCGGGUUCUGCAACAACACCCGGGACUUCAACACGCUCUACACCAUGCACGCCAACUGCUGCGUCGGCCUCGCCGCCAAGCUCCACGACCUCGGGAACCUGAUGAAGGAGUGGCGCGCGUACAUGGGGAUGGACGACGCACAGCGCCAGCGCGGCCCCGUGCGGUGGAAGUUGUGCGUAAGACAAGAUCAAGGUUUAUGUCGUCAACUCGUAGUUUGCUCAGAAGGUGGUUCAGUCCACCUGGACGUCUAUCCCUCCAGAUCAAGAUUCGUUUGGCGCAUCUAUUCUCUUCUCAAAGCUACUGCAUGGAUGAGUCCGCUCUCCCCGCCCAAGGCCUGGCUCCGUAGCGAAGUAAAGCGUGCAUACCUGGGGUUGGCCUCUCUUGAUCACUCGAUCGCAAGGCAGUGGGCGCGGUUUGUCCGGCUGCAAGAGGGAGACACGAACACUGUGUUUUCGAAGAUUCAUACUGCACAUCAAAGACAAAAGAACCACAUCUUCAACAUUCGGGUGGGUAAUCAGACUGUCUCCAUCGAUGAGGACAUGGAUGCCGCUGCGUUUGAGCAUUUCUUCUGUAUUCUUGGUACCCUAGGGGCCCGCGAGUUCAACAUCAAUCUCUAG